CUGAGAUUUUGAGUAUGUUGAAUAAAAUCUUUUCAGGCCAGAACAAGCAAGGAGAGGUGGAGGAGAGAGGACACUGGGGCAGUAAGGUGGAGUUUCUCUUGGCUGUGGCAGGAAAUGUUGUCGGACUGGGCAACGUGUGGAGGUUCCCUUACCUCUGCUACAAAAAUGGAGGGGGUGCAUUCCUGGUGCCAUAUCUGGUGUUUGUGGUGACCUGUGGUGUACCCCUGUUCCUGCUGGAGACCACCAUUGGUCAGUACACCCAGGAGGGCAGUGUGACCUGCUGGAGGAAGCUGUGCCCACUGGCAGAAGGCAUUGGCUACGGAGGGCAGCUGAUCAUCCUCUACAGCUGUAUGACCUACAUCAUUAUUCUGUCCUGGGCUUUGCUCUACCUGGUGUUCUCCUUCAGCUCCCAGCUCCCCUGGGCCAGCUGCAACAACUACUGGAACACAGAUGACUGUGUAGACUUUUCAACAAGAAAUAACACCAUCCAAUGGAGCAACCAGACUAACUCAACCUCUGCUGCCACAGAAUUCUGGGAACGACGAGUGCUGGCUAUUUCAGGGGGGAUUGAGGAGAUGGGCAGCAUUAGAUGGGAGGUGCUGUUGUGUCUAAUUGCCAUGUGGAUCAUCUGCUACUUUUGUAUCUGGAAAGGGGUUAAAUCUACAGGAAAGGUGGUUUAUUUCACUGCUACCUUCCCCUAUGUGAUGUUAUUAAUUCUUUUGAUCCGUGGACUCACUCUUCCUGGUGCUCUACAAGGAGUGAUGUUUUAUCUGCUGCCUGAGCCCUCACAUCUCACAGACCCUCAGGUGUGGAUGGAGGCUGGGGCUCAGAUCUUCUUCUCAUACAGCAUCGGUGUAGGUUCCUUAACUGUGCUAGGCAGUUACAACACCUACAACAAUAACUGCUAUAAAGACUGUCUGUGGUUGUGUUUACUGAACAGUGGUACCAGUGUGGUAGCUGGGUUUGCAGUCUUCUCUGUGCUGGGGUUCAUGGCUCAUGAGCAGGGCAUUCCGAUUGCAGAAGUAGCCGAAUCAGGUCCAGGCCUGGCAUUCAUCGCGUACCCUCACGCUGUAGCCAUGAUGCCUCUGCCUCAACUGUGGUCCAUCUGUUUCUUUGUCAUGCUCAUCCUCUUGGGUCUGGACACACAAUUUGUCGCCAUGGAGGUGAUGAUGACAUCCAUCAUAGAUAUGUUUCCUGCUGUAAUGCGCAGAGCGGGCCAACGGGAACGUUUCCUCCUCCUCUUCUGCCUCAUAUGCUUCUUUUGUCAGAUUGUCAUGGUCACUGAGGGAGGGAUGUAUGUGUUCCAGCUGUUUGACUACUACGCUUGCAACGGAGCCUGCAUCCUCUUUCUCUGUGUGUUUGAAACUGUGGCACUGGGAUGGAUAUUUGGGGCUGACCGUGUGUGCAGCAUCAUAAAGGACAUGACAGGGGUCCGCGCCAACCUGUUCUUUAAAAUCUGCUGGCUGUGUCUCACGCCAGGGGUCUCACUGGGCUCUUUUAUUUGUUCUUUAGUUAAGUACCAGCCUCUGACCUUCAAUCGCUGGUAUGUGUACCCAGCCUGGGCAUACGUAUUGGGCUGGGUAAUGGCCCUGUCCUCCAUCCUGCUUGUGCCUGGUUGGGCACUGUAUAAGCUGGGAACUGGAACUGGAACCCUCAGUCAGCGUUUCCAUCACCUGUGCCAGUCUGACCCUGACUGCUCACCGACAAAAAAGACAGAAGCUGAGCUACAGCACAUGACAGGAGAGGAUCUGCAACAGUUCACUAUCUGAUAUGAAAGGUUAACCAAAGAAUCAAAGGUCAAAGAAGGGCAAGCAUUUGUCUUAUUUAUCUGUAUUGUGCUGAUCAUGGAUACUGUAAAGAAAAUCACAAGUGAUUUCAUUGCAAGUGUAGUGGAGAUGGAAGCCACUUCCUCCUUCCAUUGUCCAACUCUGAAUGACACAGAACCAACUAAACCACAUUUUUAAAUUGAUAUUUUGCAUAAAGAAUGUGAUUAUCUUCUCAGUCACAUCAUAAUAACCAUCUGAACCUACUUUGAUCCAAUAUUAUGAGUAAAACCUGCAAUGUAAAAAGCAUGUACUCAACACUAAUUAAAAAAAAGUUAAAUAAAUGACUUGUCAUUGCAAAAUGCUGUUGAAUUUUCAAGACAUUCUAGACACAAAAUAUAAUGAAGACACAACUAAAAUUACCACCCUGUGUUUAUAUGCCUCCACCAAGCAAUCCAGCUUCAGGUUAUCAGUGUGAAUUCUUAAGUUAUGGCCACAAAUAUGUUUUGUGAUAUCGCAGUGACCUUUGACCACCAAAAUCUAAUUAGUUCAUUCUUGAGUCCAAGUGAACAUUUGUGCCAAAUUUAAAGGGAUCCCUUCAAGGCGUUUCUGAAAUAUUGUGUUCACGAGAAUGGGACAGAUGGACAGAUAAGCAGAAAACAUAAUGCCUCCAGCCAUAGCUGUUGCUGGCAUAAAAAGACAGAAAAAUACUCCUUA